AUGCCUUCGGAACAAGGACACCGCCUUUACGUCAAGGGACGCCACCUGAGCUUCCAGCGUGGAAAGCACACCCUCACCCCCAACACCAGCUUGGUCAAGAUUGAGGGUGUUGAUGACACCAAGUCCGCCAAGUUCUACCUUGGCAAGAAGGUCGCUUUCGUUUACCGGGCCAAGCGUGAGGUCCGCGGCUCCAACAUUCGUGUGAUCUGGGGCAAGGUCACCCGGCCGCACGGCAACUCCGGUGUUGUGCGCGCCAAGUUCCGCAACAACCUCCCCCCCCAAGUCCCUCGGCGCUACCGUCCGCGUUAUGCUCUACCCCUCCAACAUCUAAACGGCUUCUCUGUGUUGUUUUUAGUGGGCGAUUCCCUUCUUCGCGCAGACGGUCGGUCAGGCAAGGAAAAGUCGACGGAACGAGCCGGUGUUGAUUUGAGGUGA